CAUCUUUGUAUUCAGGUAGUACCAGCAGGGUGUUAAGGCCGAGCAACAGUUCUUGUACUACUGUAUGUGCGGUUCAUGUGAUGUAGGAAGAGGAUAAGGGUACUUCGUUUGCUUCAAACAGUAGAUAACAACGUAAAUCUACUGCGGUUGUUCAUUGGAAGUAUUACCUUAUUUAUUCUCAGUGAUAGCAUUACUGCCCUAUUGUUUAUUCAAAACUGCAGCUACGGGGGCAAAGGUUAAGAAAAAAAAAAGAAAAGAAUUUUCCCUUUUCCUUUUCCUGCCAUCCAACCCUUUGAUCGAUCAUCGUGACAGGAACAAUGAGUAGUUUCAUCGAUGACAGCUUUACCAAUACUCUCAAGUCUACGAACAGAGUUCAAACAAACGGCAAGAACUCAUCUCUUCUAACCAACAAAGAAAAACAAAUUCUUGCAUCACUUCGUGAAAUCCAAUGGCUCAGACGAAGAAUCGCAGAACUCCAACAAAACGAAAUGGCUUCCAACAAGGCUCGAAGUUUCACGAUUCCAUCGGAUGCUGAUCGUUUGCACGUAAACGAUGGCAUCAUGGCAUAUGAACGUCUUGUGGAUAAACAACAGGAGGCGUUGCAAGACAUCAAUCAAGUAAAUCAAACGCAAGAGCGACUCUUGAAUUUACUUGACAAGCAGUACUUCACAGUGGAAGCAUUAUACCCUGACAGAAGCGACAACAAAAAGACGUUUGAUCAUGCUACGAGAGAAAUCAAAUCCAAGACGGAAGAAAAAGUUCGUAAACGUGAUGGGUUGGUGAUCCAAUUUAUGCGCGUGUUAGAAGAAUUAAAUCAAUACAAGAGAGAAUUGACAGAAGUGCAGUCGCAAAUCAUUCAACAGCAUAAGAAAAAUAGAGAGAUGAUGCAACGUGUGGAUGAUUUACGAGAUCAAAAGACACGAGCGGUUGAUGCAUCCGAGCAGGAUCCAGAAACAGCAGCCCUGUUAAAGGCUAUUCAAGAUAAAAAGGAACAGAUAGCAGUUACGCGUGGCGUCUUGACUGGUCUCAUACUUGAAAGCGGUAUUCGCUGGGAAGAAGAUGAACGAUGGCUAGCAGCCAUUCUACGCAUGGGCGAAACACUUCCCUCUAUUGCAUAAACUUUU